AGGGGGGUGGGGCGGAGGUGUCCACCGUCGUGGGUUCCCCGUGCUGGCCUUCUGUUGUCGCGCUCUCUACUCUGGGCGCUUCGUCGCUUUUAGUACAGGUCCAGGGGCAGGAGGAACUAUUGCUGGGCCUUCGUUAGCUUCUUACGUCUUCAACAGGCCAGUCCCCCAAGGGUUAGGCUGUCGGUGAGCGCAGGCUGUGCCCGGCUCCAGCGCCUUCAUGGUCCUUCCCUAGGGACAGACCUGGAGGCGUGGAGGGAAGAGUGCGAGGCUUGCGGGUCAUCUUCCAGACCCACUCCGGAUUUCCAGGAAGCUCCGGAGAAGCUGUCCUCCUGACGUGUGAGGAGACCUAGUGGAACCCAGGCUGGCUAUGAAGAGCGACACCUCGACUUCUGCAGCCCCUUUGAAAGGGCUCGUGGGCCCUCUGCGGAGCAGCGAGCCCGCGCUCGCCCUCCCGGCUGUGUCACCCGCGGUGCAUCUGCUGGAAGAGGCGGCCGACCUGUUGGUGGUGCACCUGGACUUCCACGCCGCACUAGAGACUUGCGAACGAGCCUGGCAGAGCCUGGCGGAGGAGCCCGCGAGUGGCACCGUUGUGGAGGUGAGAUGCUCCCUGUGUGUUGUGGGGAUCCAGGCUCUGGCGGAAAUGGACCGAUGGAGAGAAGCCCUGUCCUGGGUCCUCCGGUAUUACCAGGCUCCUGAAAAGCUGCCUCCCAAAGUCCUGGAGCUGUGCAUCCUUUUAUACAGCAAAAUGAAAGAUCCUGGAGCCAUGCUGGAUGCGGCCAGUGCCUGGCUCCAAGACCCAGAUAACCAGGGCCGUCUCGAAUAUGCAUCAUUGGCCAAACUCCACCUGUUCCGGCUGCUGCUACCCUUGGGUCGCUUGUCAGAGGCUGAGGAGCUGGCAGCGGGCUCUGUGGCCUUCAGUGAGGAGCAGCGGGUAGAAGCGCUUCAGGCCAUCCACACGGCACGGCAGCAGCACACGCAGGAACACCUGAACUCCCAGGAGCCCCAGAGGCUGAGCCAGGAAGGUUCGUUCUCCCAUAAGUUGCUGUCACUACUGAUGCUGCUUCGCCGACUUUGGGGCUCUGCAGUGAGCCACCUCCUCUCCCAGCCCUUCAGAAAGAGCCUCCUGGCUGCCUUGAUCCUCUGUCUCUUGGUUCUGCGGUUUGACCCAGCGGCUCCUUCUUCGCUGCCCUUCCUCUACCAGCUGACCCAGCUCUUCCGCAGGAUCCAGAAGGCCACGCUCUCUCGGCUCUACCCACUCCCCCUCCGGGACUGAGUGGCUCCUCAGCCGCCUCUACCUCUUACAGUCCACAUCUACAGAAGCAGAAGCGUUGGGCCCAGUGCCUGGGUCGGAGAUGGCACCAUGGGACUGGGCUCACUUGUUCUAGAAAGGGUGACCAGGGCCGGUGAGCCCUGGCUGCUGCCUUGGAGCCCUCCCUUUGGUAUCCCACUGGGGCUGCUCUCAAAGGGAGUGUGGGGACAGUGGCCCCCAGCCCAGCGCACAGAACACAAGUGUGGCCGCCCAGGACCCUGCAGCAGCUCCUCAAAAAGGAGGGCUUGAGGAGCAGGGGACAUUCUGGUUUCUUGACAAAGGCAGAGGGUGACUUCCCAGAUCUGGUGCGAGGGAGCUGGGAUUUACAAAGGUGGUGGAGUGGGCCUUGGCCAUUUACCUCUGAAAACUCCACAGCUCAGUGUUUGAAUUUGAGUAAAGCCGGAGAUCCCUCAUCCCCACACCCCUCCCACAGAUGCUGGAAUCAGUCCACCGUCCCCUCCCAUUGGUCCACAGGCAGGCAGCGGGGCAAGAAGCUUUCUGCUAGAGGCAUUUUGCUGUAGACUGGAUGUGGCUUCUGACCCACCCAGGUGGCCCCUGGGAGCAAAGGGAGCCUGCCUGACCUUAUCUCUGGGGAAUGUGAUCUUACGUGGUGCCACUGAGUCUUAGCUCAGUUUUCCAGCACGCCAGGGGCCAAGCGCUGCUCUCUGGACCCAGUGUCUUCCCACCGUACCCCACCAUUUGACCUGUUCAGCCAAUUGUGUCUCACCACUGUCUCCUUGACUCUUCUCCGGGUCCUAGUUGUGGUCUGUUGUUUGAAUAAUGCCCAAGUCUCUCUGCUCCCGUGGUGUUAAAAGUAGGCCAGGCUCAGGGCUGCUGAGAGCUGAAAAUGGAACUGGGUAAUCAGGUGAGCUGUAGAUCCGUGGGGGCUGGGCCGAGGGGCUGGGGGCGGGGCAAAGGGGGCAGCCCCAGGGAGGAGGCACUGCACACACCUCAGCAUUUCUGUGUAAGAAAAUACAGGAUGCUCUGGUGUCGCCAGGAUGGAGGCCCUCAGCCGGCCACCACACAGCUCUCUGACCUGGACGCAGGAGUGCAGGGGAUUGCCAGCCUUUUGCUGGUUGAUACUUAGGAACUGUGAGUCAACAGCGUUUCUCUAGAAGAGGACACCUCACAGUCACUUAGAAUUCCUUCUAAAUCCUGAAGGCUUGGGAACUAGAACCAUCACAUGUUUUAUGCCUUUUAAAUAGACCCUGGAUCCCCGGGGAGAGAGCAGGAUUCAGGGAGGGUUGGAAUCCCUUGACAGCGAUUCUUUCACUGUUGUUGCCCAACUUGGCCCAGAACGCCUGGCUCAAGUGCUGAACUCCACCCUGCAGCCUCGAGUUCUGUGACUCACACACCUUAUGACAGUGGUUUUGAAAUGAGGACCUGCACGUUCACCGCCCUAGAAGAAACUCCUUAAUGGCUUCCAUGGCCUACAGGAUACAAAUCCAGAUUCUUUUUAAUAGAAACUUAGGCCCAGUGUUCGCAGGCUUGGCCGACAGCUCCUUUGCUGUGUUGCCCUGUUCCCUGAGCAGGCUGCGUUCUCUCUCCCGCCGGGCCCUCCUCAGGCCCCCCUGGCACGGCUUAGGUGUGACUGCUGGAGGGUCUCAUAGCAGCUCUGCUCCAGGUCCGUGGCUUUCUAGGCUCGCCCAAGGGUUACCUGGCACUCUUCGCCUCCCAGCGCCCGUCUCCUGCCCCUCCUGCAGUAGGGGCUCGGCGGCCAUGGGACUGUUGGCCUCUGCUGUUCUGUAAGCUCCGUGAGUGUUGAGUCGGGCAGGCGCACAUUCCUGCCUGGGUGACUGUUGGCCGGGGUUCAGCCUUCAGUGUCUGCAAGCCCGUCCUGUCCUCUUGUCACAGGGCCUCGUCCACGAGUGAAUGGGCACUUAGGACUCUUGGCACUUUCGACAGCCCUGAGGAAGAGUUUUUGUGAGCACUGGCUAUUCCCAGGCCCAGCUGAGCGUGGGCGGGUACUCAGAGGGGUGGAAGAGGGCCUGCGCUUCUGGUGCGUGUGCUAUGCUGGGCUGUGAAACCCUGAACAGAUCGGACUGUCUUUCGGCUCCCUCCUGAUGCUCCUCACAGCCGUUCUGCUGGUGGCCCAUGGGGCUCUGGCUAUUUUUUACCUGACUGCUGCAGGGCUGUCUGUACCCUAACCACCUGCCUGUCUGGUGAGGAACUCGAAUUCCAAACUGCUGCUGUUACUUUGAUCUUUCCAAGGAUGUAGGCUGGUCCUCAGCUCUGGACUUAAAGAGGUCAGAGUGAAGGGACCGUCUUCUUGGUGGAUCAGCACAGAGCCUUCAGCCAAAGAUAGCUUUUGAGCAUUUGAAGUGUGGUUCAUCCAUGUGGAUACAUGUUGUGACUGUAACACACACACACUGGAUUUCAGAGACCAAGUACUAAACAAAUACAAGAAUGGAAAUACAAAGAUUUUUAUAUUGAUUAUGUUGAAAAAAUAUUUUGGAUAUAUUGGCUAAAAUAAAAUCAAUUAAACUAA